GUAUGGUUUAAAAACCGCCGAGCCAAGUGCCGGCAGCAGCAGCAGCAGCAGCAGAACGGGGGCCAGAACAAGGUACGACCAGCUAAAAAGAAGAAUUCACCAGCCCGGGAAGUGAGUUCAGAGAGUGGGACCAGCGGGCAGUUCACUCCCCCCUCCAGCACCUCAGUCCCCACCAUUUCCAGCAGCAGUGCCCCCGUAUCCAUCUGGAGCCCAGCAUCCAUCUCCCCACUCUCAGAUCCCCUGUCCACCUCUUCCUCCUGCAUGCAGAGAUCCUAUCCCAUGACCUACACCCAGGCAUCAGGCUACAGCCAAGGAUACGCUGGAUCGACCUCCUAUUUUGGAGGGAUGGACUGUGGAUCUUACUUGACCCCUAUGCACCACCAGCUUCCCGGACCAGGGGCCACCCUGAGUCCCAUGGGUGCCAACGCGGUCACCAGCCACCUCAACCAGUCUCCAGCCUCCCUCUCCACCCAGGGCUAUGGAGCCUCCAGUUUGGGCUUUAACUCCACCACCGAUUGCUUGGAUUAUAAAGACCAAACGGCCUCCUGGAAGUUAAACUUCAAUGCUGACUGCUUGGAUUAUAAGGACCAGACAUCGUCAUGGAAGUUCCAGGUUUUGUGAAGAACCUUUGUGAUACCGAGAGAAAUCGCAACGAGAAUGAACAGGCUGGGCUGAACGCUCCAGUUUUAGUCAGGUCUUGGUUAAAUUAAAGAGAAAAAUAACUCAACGGACAAACAAACGAACAAAAAAACCGACAGCAACAAGAGGGGGACAGUGUUGGUGUGAUCCCGUUCAGACUCAUCUCCUGCUCAGACGCUCUGGAAAAGGAAUAAUCAAGAGGAAAAAUGGAGGAGGAAGGCCUUAAACGGACAGAUCAUCUAGUGAGCAGAAACCAGACAGACCCAUCUGUGUUCUUUCUAGUUUUAGGCAAUUGUUGGGUUUCUUUGUUUGGAAGAGGUGGGAGAUGGUCCCACCUAUGGGCCAGUUUUAAAAAAAAAAAAAAAAAAAAAAGAGUCUAGGUUUUUAUUUCUUUUUUUGUGUGUGCGUGGAAAGAUGAUCCUUCACCCAGAGGUUUCCAAUGUGUUAGCCAACCCUCGGUUAAAAUAUUCGGAAUGGACAACAUCUCUCUUUUUGUCCCUCUUUAUCUCCCUCUUUCUUUCUCUCUCUCUCUCGAGCUCAUCCAACUGUUUCAUGCCCAACUUGCUCAAGUUGGCACCCGGAGAACUUGGUUCAGGGCUGUGUGGGUUGUGUGACUGAUUGUCCUAGCUGCACUACUUUAUUUAAAGAUUAAGAAAAAAAAAGAUAAUGUUCAUAAGGAGUCAAUAUGUAGUUUUUAAGAGACAAUCAGUGUGUGUCUUAUAUAAAUGGUACAUCUGUGGUUUUUAAUCUGUGCUAGACUUCAAAACUGUGAUCUCCUGUAUUGUAUGCAACUAUGAACUCUGCACCAGCAGGAGUUCUGCUGUGAUUUAAAUAGGUUAUAAUUAUAAGUGAAAUUCAGAGCAACUGAGUUACCUAUUAUCAUCUUUUAAAAAAUAAUUAAAAAUAUAUAUUUAAAAA